CUUCUUCCUCCUCUUCUUUAAUUUUCUCUUCUCUGUUUCUCAAACAGAAGAGAGAGAAACUAAAGAAGCCUCUCUCUAAAAAUAACCUAUCUUUCAUUUAUCAAUCCCUGAAUUUAUCAAUAUUAAUUUUUGAUUAUAUUGAGACUAUUUAGUUUUCCUUAUAUCGAUUCAGCUUUGUUAUUCUAAAGCUGAAUCUAUUAGAAUUCUUUGUUUUCUUGGAUUUGGACGGCGGAGAUUCAAUCUUGUAAGAAAGAUCGAGGUAUGCAGCAAGGUGAUCAGACGGUGUUGAGCUUGAGACCUGGCGGUGGUCGAGGAAGCAGCAGUGGCAGCAGACUCUUUAAUCCACGCUUAUUAGACUCCUCUUCUAAUACUAAUAACAAUAAUAAUAAUUCAAUCUCUUUUGGCGAUUUCCGUUCUCAUGGCGCUGCUCCGUUGAAGACUGGAGACGCAAGGUUUGAGGUUCAUGAUAGAGUGCAGUACACCAGAGACCAGCUCUUGAAGAUCGGAGAGCUCUUGAAGAUUGAAGAGGCUGUUGUGAUCUCUGAUGAAAUUUUAAAAAUCAAACAAGAAUUUGAAGCUGAGCUUCUUGGCGAAGAUCAAAGCUGGAGUCGUGGGGAAAGCAAUCAACCAAAUCAGCCUCAGAAUCGCUAUUCAGAACCAGAUAAUCGUGACUGGCGCGGGCGUUCUGCCCAAUUGUCUCCUUAUGGAGAGGAGCGGUCCUGGGAUUCCCUCCGUGAAACCAGAGAAAACAGAGACCCCAGCGGGCGAUAUGACUCGAGACAGACAGAAUCCAACUCCCAAUUUUCAAGAGCCCAAAUAUCUCCCAGUCAAUCGGGGGGUCCUGCUCCAGCUUUAGUCAAGGCUGAGGUACCAUGGUCAGCUAGAAGGGGGAACCUUUCUGAGAAGGGCCGUGUCUUGAAGACUAUAAAAGGUAUACUGAACAAGCUUACACCUGAGAAGUUUGAUCUUCUUAGGGGUCAACUUAUUGACUCUGGUAUUACAUCAGCUGACAUCUUAAAGGGUGUGAUACAGCUUAUAUUUGAGAAGGCUGUUCUGGAGCCCACUUUUUGUCCCAUGUAUGCGCAGCUAUGUUCUGAUCUUAAUGAAAAGCUUCCCCCAUUCCCAGCAGAGGAACCAGGUGGGAAAGAGAUAACAUUCAAGCGAGUCCUUCUGAAUAAUUGUCAGGAGGCAUUUGAAGGUGCUGAUAAACUCAGGGAAGAAGUGUCGCAGAUGACAUCUCCAGAGCAGGAGCUCGAACGUAGGGAUAAGGAAAGAUUGGCCAAGAUUCGCACCCUUGGAAACAUUCGCUUGAUUGGAGAGCUUCUGAAGCAGAAGAUGGUUCCUGAGAAGAUUGUUCACCACAUUGUCAAGGAGCUUUUGGGAUCUGAUAACAAAGUUUGUCCCGCGGAAGAAAAUGUUGAAGCCAUAUGUCAGUUCUUCAACACUAUAGGGAAGCAGCUUGAUGAGAGUUUGAAGUCACAGCGUAUAAAUGAUAUGUACUUUAGUCGACUGAAGGAACUGUCAUCGAACCCUCAGCUAGCUCCUCGAUUAAGGUUCAUGAUUCGUGACGUUCUUGAAAUGCGUUCAAAUAAGUGGGUUCCUAGACGUGAAGAGGUUAAAGCCAAAACCAUCACUGAGAUACAUUCGGAGGCAGAAAAGAAUCUUGGAUUGCGUCCUGGUGCCGCUUCAAGUAUUAGAACUAGUAGAGGUGCUGCUUCAGGAGCUGCUGGCCCUGGGGGCUUUCCCAUCAACCGACCAGGCACAGGGGGUAUGAUGCCUGGCAUGCCAGGAAAUAGGAGGAUGCCUGGGAUGCCUGGAAUCGAUAAUGACAAUUGGGAAGUACCUAGGACCCGUUCAAUGCCGAGGGGUGACUCUUCAAGUACUAUGCAGACUACAGGACGCGUCCCAUCACCAGCAUUCAACAAGACAUCUUCUGUGAACACAAGACUGUUACCUCAAGGUACUGGUGGCUUCAUAGGUGGAAAAAGUAGUGCCCUUCUGCAGGGAAGUGCUAGUCCUUCUCGCCCAUCUAACAUCAGUUUGGCUACAGAGCCUCCUGCACAAGUCAUUGCACCUACUAAAACAGCACCUGCUCCUUAUAUACCACCAGUUACUGAGAAACCAGUUGUGUCAGCUGCAAGCUUUAAUCCUGAAGAACUUAAAAGAAAAACUGUUUCACUGUUGAAGGAAUAUUUCAAUGUCCGAAUGCUGGAUGAAGCAUUGCAGUGCGUGGAAGAACUGAAGUCUCCGGUGUAUUACCCUGAAGUUGUUAAGGAAGCCAUCUUCCUCGGUUUAGAGGAAAACCCACCCUGCGUUGAGCCAGUUGCCAAGCUGCUGGAGUAUUUACUUUCCCACAAGAUUUUCACAGCUAAAGACUUGGGGACUGGGUGCUUGCUCUAUGGCUCGAUGUUAGAUGAUAUUGGCAUUGAUCUGCCAAAAGCACCCAACAAUUUUGGUGAAAUAGUAGGGAAACUAAUUUUGGCUGGAGGAGUGGACUUUAAAGUGGUGAGAGAAGUCCUUAAGAAGAUGGAAGACGAUAUGUAUCAGAAAGCUGUAUUUGAUGCUGCAAUGAGGACUAUUAGCGAUAGCCCGAAUGCCCAAGUUGUAUUAGAAUCACAGGCGUCUGAUAUCGAGGCUUGCAAGAGUUUGCUUUAAUAAGCAAUGCAUUGGUCAGUAUUUCAGCAUCUGUAUUGAAUCCACAUGAACUUCUGUGCUUUCUAUGUUUUUUUUUCUUUCCAUGGAAUUAGAAUGCCCUGUCGAAAACCUUUUGAGGUGAGCAAAACUUGUAUUAUUUGAUAAGGUGGAACCGCCAAGAACAAGGUCAUUGUUUUCUGAGUCAUAUGUGUGUUAUUGAGCAAAGAAAUUAAAACCAUAAUGCCAUGAUUUUGUUCUCGAGCGUGGUUAAUUAUGUGCUUAGGUAGAAGAGCGGCCCUUUGAAGGGAUCCGGCUGUUUUGUAUUUGUUUAGUUUUGAUCGACUUUUUUGAGUAAUUUAUAGUUUAUUGUUGAAACUUGUUGAUUCUGCUUAUGAAUCCUACAUUUUUUUCUUUAA